AACACUGUACCAUCCGAACUAUCCUUGAGCUGCAGUUCCGCCCAGCAACAGACUCGCAAAAAGCAAAAGCGGAAUUUUCAGAAAUGGGCCUUCUGCUCGAGGAUUCGUGCCUCGCGGACACGGCCCUCUUGCUGUUGACGAUUAUCUACCUUUUGUAUUGGUACGGUACGUGCACUUUCGACUAUUGGAAGAAGAGAGGAGUACCCGAGAUCAAGAAUAAGGUUCCGUUCCUCGGUUCCACCGCAGACGCAGUUUUAUUUAAGAAGCAAAUGAAUCUGUGUAUCUUGGACGCGUAUCGAGAACUCGAGGGACACAGAUUCGGAGGAUUGUACGCAAUGAGAACGCCAGCGCUUAUAGUGCGUGAUCCUGAACUUAUAAAACACAUCAUGGUAAAAGACUUCUCAAGCUUCACCGACAACUCUAUGCAUAUCAGCGAAAUAAAUGAUCCGAUGUUCGCAUUCAACAUUUUUGCGAUGAAGGGAGAAAAAUGGAAGUAUGCUCGGUCGAAAUUGGCCCCCGCUUUUGCCACUGGAAAAAUUCGCAACACCUUUCCUCUGAUUCUGGAAGUUUGCAAUGACUUGAAGAGCCAUUUCAGCUCCAAAAUCGAGUCUAAAGACAACGAUUUUGAAGCUCAUGAACUCUCGAAAAAUUUCACCACGGACGUUGUUGGCAGCUGCGCAUUUGGAAUUAAAUGCGACUCUUUGUCUGAACCAGACAACCAGUUUCGCAGGAUGGGAAAGGAAAUCAUGAGUCCGUCUACUCUCUGGAGGCAGAUAGAAAUGGCUCUAAUUUUUUUCCUCCCAAAAAUUGCUGAGUUACUGAGAGUAAAAUUCAUUGCCAAAUACGUUGAAGAGUUCUUUCAAGAUCUGAUACUAAAAGCAUUUGCCUAUCGCGAGGAGCACCCUGAAUUCAAGAGAAACGAUUUUAUUAACUUGCUGAUGCAGCUGAAAAAGCUCGGAGAAGUGGAGAUGGACGAGAUUGAUAGGAAAGACCAGACGAAUGACAUCAGCUUGACGGCAAGCGAUAGUGGAAAAAUCGAAUUUAGUGACGUUGUUUUGACUGCUCAAGCAGUUGGAUUUUUCUUGGAUGGUUUUGAAACUUCCUCUAUGGCACUUGCUUUUGCCCUUCACGAGCUGGCCAUGAACCCUCGAAUUCAGGAAAAUUUGCGAGAUGAAUUGAGAAAGAGUUUUGAGGCAACCGAUGGAUGUAUAAACUAUGAUAAUAUCAGGGGAUGUGCUUACUUGGACAAUAUUCUCCAUGAAACUUUGCGAAUUUAUACACCCGUCGGAGCUUUGGCGCGCGAAUGCACCAAGCGUUACACAAUCCCCGAUUCUGACGUGCAGAUAGACAUUGGAGACAUCAUUAACAUCCCAAUAUAUGGUCUGCACCAAGAUCCUAAAUAUUUCCCUAAUCCCGAAGUUUUCGAUCCGGACCGAUUCACAGAAGAGGCGAAGAAGACGCGGCCUGCGUUCACGUACCUUCCCUUCGGCGAAGGCCCCAGACAGUGCAUCGUCGAACCACCCGUGCUUCAGGCUUUCGAUUCGCUCAAGCGCAAGUAAAGGCUGCCAUCGCUACAAUUGUGCUCAACUUCAUGCUGGAACCCUCCGAGAAAACCGAGCACCCUGUGGUUUUCGAUGAACGGAAUUUCUUUCCUCAUGCUAAAAAUGGCCUUCACCUAAAAAUAUCUCCUUUGUAACUAAUUUCAUCCUAUAUAUAAGAGUAAAAAGAGAUCUUAAAAAUAUGGUAUAUGAUUUUACACUUCAAAAUAAAUUGAUGGAAUGUUAUUUUGCAAUAUAUUAACUAGCGAUUAUAAACCUGGAGUAAAUUAAUUGUCAAUGACAGCGGCUCAGUGCAGUGAGAGAUUACUAGUCGUUUUUCUUUUCGUGUAUUUGCUUUCUUAUGCCCAUCCUGGCAUUAUUUUCCGUUAAUUUUUAUGGAUGUGUUUUUGUGUAUCUGACCUUGCAAGAAUAUUUAACAAAUUAGGCCUAUAAGUUUUAUAGAUCUAAAAUUGCUCAACAUUAUAAAAAUACAAAGUUACAAAACGCGACAUGCUAUUGGUUUUUUAGACGUCCGGGCUUUCUUAAAAUUUAUAUCAUUUUUAUUAUUGAUCAAAUGUAACGCAAUCAUAGACUGUAGAGGGUGAAAGUUUUAAUAGCCUCGACUAUUUUAUAAUUUUUGUUUGUCAGAUUGACAUUAAAAUUUAUCGAACAUUGAGAAACUAAAUUUUCUGUUUCACUCAGUCAGAGGAUAGAGUCAUUCUACCAAUUCUAAACGGAGUCCAUCGCAGACAAUUAAAUUGUGAUGCAUCGCACACUCAAGCCGCAGCUUUUGAAUAAAAUAACCAUUACGAUCACUA